UGGGGAGAAGGCCCUUAAAUGCAUCCCUGGCGAUGGGUGUGCACUCCAGGAGCGCCAGCCACCGGAGACUGUCAGAGAACGAGUGGAACUCCUACCACGAGGAGGUGGUUUACUGCCUGGAGGAGAUCGAGUACAUAAUCAAGAAGCUCCCCGAGUGGGUUCUGGACGAGCCCGCGGAGAAGACGGCCCAGACGCAGCAGGAUGAGUGCUACAUCCACUCGGAGCCGCUGGGCGUGGUCCUCAUCAUCGGCACCUGGAACUACCCCUUCGACCUCACCGUGCAGCCCAUGGUGGGCGCCAUCGCUGCAGGGAAUGCAGUGGUCAUUAAGCCCUCGGAGCUGAGCGAGAACAUGGCGAGCCUGCUGGCUUCCCUCAUCCCGCAGUACCUGGACAAGGAUCUGUACCCGGUGAUCAAUGGGGGCAUCCCCGAGACCACGGAGGUGCUCAAGGAGAGGUUCGACCACAUCCUGUACACGGGCAGCACUGGUGUCGGCAAGAUCGUGAUGACGGCCGCGGCCAAGCACCUGACCCCGGUCACGCUGGAGCUGGGCGGGAAGAGCCCUUGCUACGUGGACAAGGACUGUGACCUGGACGUCGCCUGCCGGCGCAUCGCCUGGGGCAAGUUCAUGAACAGCGGCCAGACCUGUGUGGCCCCCGACUACAUCCUCUGCGACCCCUCCAUCCAGAGCCAGGUCGUGGAGAAGCUCAAAAAGUCCGUGAAGGAGUUCUACGGGGACGAUGCCCAGAAGUCUCGUGACUACGGGAGGAUCGUGAGCUCCCGGCACUUCCAGCGGGUGAUGGGCCUGCUGGAGGGCCAGAAGGUCGCCUACGGAGGCACUGGGGACGCGGCCACCCGGUACAUAGCCCCCACCAUCCUCACGGACGUGGACCCCGAGUCCCCGGUGAUGCAGGAGGAGAUCUUCGGGCCCAUCAUGCCCAUCGUGUGCGUGCGCAGCCUGGAGGAGGCCAUCCGGUUCAUCAACCAGCGCGAGAAGCCCCUGGCGCUCAGCGGGCUGGGGGCCCUGCAGGUGAUUAAGAAGAUGAUUGCGGAGACAUCCAGCGGCGGGGUGACGGCCAAUGACGUCAUCGUCCACCUGUCCGUGCACUCUCUGCCCUUCGGGGGUGUGGGUGAGUCUGGGGCGGCCAGCUACCACGGCAAGUACAGCUUCAUGACCUUCUCCCACCGCCGCUCCUGCCUGGUGCGGUCUCUGAAGAAGGAAGAUCCGCUCAAAGGCAGAUACCCCCCCAGCCUGGCCAAGUUGUUCGUCCCUGAGAACCCAGGUGGUCCUCCUAAAACCAAGAGCCAAUCAUGCCACUGUGAGGACCAACAAUGA